UGAACAUGUGAAAACCAUCCCCAUGGCCGGUCCCUUUGAGAAUUUACCGCGUGGUACCAAUUGCAGUAUUGCUGGAUGGGGAUGCACCGUUCCAGGGGACAACUCCUCUGUGGUGAGCAGGCUCCGGGAGGUGGAUGUGGAGGUGCUGGAUGAUGAUAAAUGCACGUCUGCAUUCUACUUCCCCAUGUUAAUGCUGUGUGCGGGCCGUCCACAGGAAGGCAAGGAUGCAGGACAGGGUGACUCCGGCGGCCCCCUCGUGUGUAAGGAUAAAGUUCAGGGGGUUGUCUCUAAGGGAUCUACGUCUGGGACCCUCCCCGGCACGUAUACCAGUGUCUCCUUCUACAGCGACUGGAUCAAGGACACCAUGAGGAGAGCGUAGCUUUGAGCCUGCCAGGACCCACUGCCUAGACCAGCCCUGCACCGCUUCAGCCCUUUGGAGAGGCCCAGACGUAGGGCCUGCUUUGCAGUGGGGCUGAGUCCCCACACUCCCUCUUGAGUCUCCUAUCCCACCCUUCAAGAUAGAGUCCCCUCCCCCAGCUCCAAGGCAGGAGAGUUAGGAGCCAGGUUCAGGGCUGGCUGCUUCUUUGGUUGGGAACACCUGGGUCAUGUCAGUUAGAAGCCAAAGCUUGAGGUGGACCCAUUGGGUUAUUGCUCUCCCCAGGGUGGGCCCAUCGAGUGCCAGCUUGGGGGAGAUCCUCCCCAUAACGUCCACCUGCACGUUCCUGCUGGAUCUGACCCCGACCUCUCUGGGCCUUCCCCACGUGCUGGUCCUCUAGAGUAUCCACCGCCCAGAUUAAAUAUCUGAACCUCUACUGCGUAGCGCGCAUGCCCUACUGGGAUUCUCUGCCUGCUCCGUAGCCAACAACUAAUAAAGAUAC